AUGCUCUCCCAGUCCCGUCAAUCGCGUACGGGUCGCCCACGAUCUCAUUCCCAGCCCCAGGUGGACUGUCUCUCGCAGGGUAUCGGGCUCGGGAUCUCCCUGCAUGACCCUGCCCCGCCGGCAGAGCUCAAAAGACGGCCUAAGCAUGUACGAGGCGGUUCUACCCUGUCCACCUCUACAGGAGCCCGGUCGAUCGGAAGUGCCAGGGAAAAGGAUGGAAGAGGAAGUAUCAUUCCAAACGCAGAUAGCAUGACGAACAUGCUCCAGCUCGCCUCGCCCUCGUCUAGCGAUCUGCGAGAAUCGACCGUCCGCCCCAGAGGUAGCAACCUCGAACGUCAAGGCACAUUGUUGCUGCAAGACCCACGACCUGGCGAGCUAGAUGUUCUCAUUGGUAAAGGAGGAUCCGGAAAGUUACGCCGGCGGUCACAGACAAUGCCCUCUAUGCCCAACCCCUGCGGACUACCUCCCGCAAUAUCAGACCCGACUCUGCGCCCGACUCCGAUCGCCCCAGACACGAAAGGGGUCCCUCUCGAGCAAGCUAAAUCCCGCGCACACGUCACCCUCGACCUCAGGCUAGAGACCUCUACCGUAGUUGAGGGUGGCUCCCUGCGCGGCCUGCUGGAGGUUUGCGUUCAUUCUCCUGGUAUUUGGGUGUCCGGAGGGAAGCUCAGGGUUGUGGGAUUCGAGGAGCUCAUAUCUCCGAGUAGGAGGGAGGUGUUUUAUCAGCAUACAUGUGGGCUUGCUGAGGCGGCUGGAAAGUACGGGGGGCUGUUUGAACAGCAAGAGGAGCAAGAGGAUCAGGAGGGAUAUAGGAAGGCGCGGGAGGGGACUCAUAGGUUGGCAUUUGAGAUGCGUCUACCGAUUGGUGGAGGAGCCAAGGGUUGUGUGCGUACCAAGCUUGGACAGGUACGGUACAUCGUCAUCGGCUCUCUGAAGCUGAAAUACGCCCACUCCAGCACCGGCCAACCAACGCGCAGUAUUGCCCACUUCUUCCGUCCUCUUUCGCUAUACCCCCUCCUUCCGCCUCUGCAGAACAUCCUCGCCCCUCUUCGCGUCCCACUCUCCGCAUCUAUCUCUCGCCAAGUGGGACGAGGAGAACUGCGUGUCACCGCCGAGCUCGAGAAGGGUGUGUGGGUCGCCGGGGGGAAGGUCUGGGCGAGGGUGGAAAUGAGCAACGGCACAGGAAGGAAAGUCCGCUCGCUCGAGCUGAGCAUCAUCCGCUGUGUCACCGCUUUCCGGCCGAGCUCUGGCAUCAGGAAGGAUCAAAUGGUCUCCGACCCAAGUGACCCCGACACGGACCUGGACACCAGUUGCACCACGGCCACGUCAUUCGGACAGCGUUCGACCAAAGUCGUCGCUACCUCCUUACUCGAUUCUGGAGAGAAAGCUUCAGGGAAGAACCGCGCGUCCGCCAAGGGCUGGUGGGUAGGCGUCGACCCGGGCUCGGUGGAGAGCGUGUGCUUUUCCGUGACGCUGCCGGAAGACGAGCUCUCUGUGCGCCGAGGGAAGCUCCUGGAGGUCGCAUACAAACUUCGAGUCUCUGUCUGUAGCUCUCCAGGUGGAGUUGCUGGGAUGGUAGCGGGAGGAGGGGAGGCGGCUGUAGACCUGCCUAUAUGGGUCGUGUCGUUCAUCUCACUCGACCCGCCUCCGGGACAGCGGGUGGUCAGCAGCCUUCCCCCGAGCUUGCCACCAAGUGGAGAACCUACUCCCGAGCUCCUUGAGCUCGGGCUACGCGCAAGCCUAGGAAUGGGGCUCGCCCAGAGUUUGGCCAUUGACCUUGGUGCGCUUGGGUUUGCUUCUGAGGAAAAGUACGACGCGGACAUGAGUCAGGCGGAAAGGGAAAGGGCAACGGAGCAGAAGAUGAUGGACCUGAUGCGGUCACAUGCGGCACUUAGUGUGUCGGAGAGUGAGGCUAGGCGGGCGGAGUCAGUCUUGGGGAGUGAAGGGGUACGGAAUGCUUGUUGGCGGUCGAGCAUGAUGGAGAACUUCCAGGAGGGAGGGGAACGGCGCAUGAGAGCAAGUGUGAUUUUGGAUGGUGAGGAGGGCCCGGUUACUGGGGUGACUGGAAGGGCGGAAAAUCUGCCAGAGGACAUGCUCCACAGUGUAACCCGUCCGGAGCUGGAUGUUCGAGGACGAUAUGAAGUAGGCCAUGUGCAGCUGCCUGAAGAGUACAUGGUCAUUGGCGACCUCGACUGGCAUGAGCAAGUGCGACUUUCUACCAUCAACUCUCUCCAUCGUAAGCAGCGUCAACACCCCCAGGCGACGUCACAAGGAAGGGAAGCGCGGACGCCUGCGUCGACGAAGGUGUCCUCCCUUUCUCCGCUGCAAGACUUCCCCUCCCCACCGGCGUUGGACGCUAGACAGAGGGCAUCCCUGGAGCUCGCUAGGAGCAUAAAUGCUGUCCAGUCGGGCCUUCCUGCCAGGCAGGAUAGUAGCUCCUCCCAAGACUCCGAGAGCGGUGCUUCCUCUUCCUCGUCACGGAUGCUUGAGAGGAAGGGCAGCUCUCACUCCACUGCGAGCUCGAUCGCCUCUCUUCCCCCGAGGAAGGAGGCUACAAGCGGCCUCGGUCGUGUCCGCCCACUGCCCCAAGUGCCACCUGGGAUUUCUCCUAUCGCUAGCCUCGCCUCGUCCCGCCUAUCCUACUCCGCCUUCUCACCGCUCGCACCCCCUCCUCGCGUUACCUCCUCUCCACGCAGCUUUUCUCCUCCCAUGCUCCGCAAAGUUGCCCCGGUAUCUAUGACGCAACAUCCGAGGAGUGUAUCCCCUGCGUCGUCAACCUCGUCAGCUUUGUCCGUGCGUGAAAAGGUGGCGCAUUUCGAGCAGGCAGAGCAGGUGAGACGCGAGACAGCCACAGGGGGAGCGACAAUCAGUCUGUCAUCUACGAUGAACAGCUCUAGGAGCUUGGCACUCAGCCCUGUGUUGGGCACCCCUGGACGUGCAGAGCUGGGUAGAGGGAUGUCGUUCAAAGCUCCGCUGUUCAAGAAUGUCAGUGUGGCUGAGGAAUAA